GUCGCAGCUUUGACCGCUCGUGAGCUCGUCUUCACUCAGUCCACUUUUUUAGUUUGGACGUUUGAAGUUGCUAUGAAGACGCCGCCGCCGCUGCUGCUGGGCCUGCUGGGCCUGGCGGUGAUGAUGGACACCAUCUUGGCUGCAGACGAAACGUGUGUUGGACGCUGUGGUUCCUUUGACGCAGUCAGAAAGUGUCAGUGUGAUUCCAUGUGUGUUUACUACGGAAGCUGCUGUCCAGACUUUGACACCACAUGUCCGAAAAAAGCACGCGGUGACACCUUUGCCGAGCUUGAAAACAACCUAGCCACAGAGGAGACGCCACUACGUGUGCCCAUCCCCACUAUGGUGCCAACCUUUAACACGACUACCAUAACCUGGGUGGAGAUGACGCAGACGGCGACACCCACAAACACCCCCACUGAGCUACCUGCUGACAGAGACAUGGUGGCCUGCAGUGCUCGGCCCUUUGAUGCUUUCCUGCAGCUGAAGAACGGAUCUGUGUACGCAUUCAGAGGUGAAUAUUUCUUCGAGUUGGACGACAAAGCCGUGCUUCCUGGUUAUCCCAAACUAAUCCAGGACGUGUGGGGAAUGGCGGGGCCCAUCGACGCCGCCUUCACACGCAUAAACUGCCAGGGAAAGACAUACAUUUUUAAGGGAAGACAGUACUGGAGGUUCGAAGGAGAUGUCCUGGACGAGGGCUUCCCUUUGGACAUUUCUGAUGGCUUUAACGGCAUUCCCGACGACAUCGACGCCGCAUUUGCUGUGCCUGCACCGAGUCACAGGGGCAAGGAGAAGGCCUACUUUUUUAAAGGGGACCGCUAUCACAUGUACGAGUUUGUUCAUCAGCCAACCCACGAGGAGUGCGUCCAAAUGAGCAGGUCUUCACCCUCACUCUUGUUCUCGCGCUACACGGACCUCUUCUGCGACCACACGUGUGAGGAGCUCUUCUCCAAGCUCUUCAGCAUCUCAGCUCUACCGCUACUUCCACCUCAUCUCAAUCUUCCUCACUCAGGGGGAUUCCACCACUCAGGUCCACAACUCAUCAGUAAGAACUGGAUGGGCAUCAGCCCCCCCAUAGAUGCCGCCAUGGUGGGACGUGUCUUCCUGAGCCCCAGACCCUCGCCAGCUCCUCCCCCUCACGCUAGGAGGCGGGGCAUGUACAGGAGGACGAGACCCAGCAGGAGGUACCGAGCAAGACGAACCCGCCAAGCUAUUUUUGAUGAUUUCUUUUUGAUGGACUUGUUUGACUACGGCGACACAUCUGAGGAGGUUUCUCAGCCGCCCCCGCCGCCUCCUCCACCUCCUCCACCACCCAGGAGCACGCCUGUCCAAUACGUGUACCUGUUCAAGAGAGAUAAGUACUACAGAGUGGACCUGCGGACGAGACAAGUGGUCGCCGCCCUGCCGCCUUACCCCCGAUCCAUCGCUAAGUUCUGGAUGGGCUGCCAGCAGGAAGGCACUGCUGAGACGUCACGCGCUGAGAAGAGAUGAGAGAUGUGUUUUAGCCAAUGAAACGCCUGAAGAAAGUCUUGUGUGGAAAACACACAAUCACAUUUGAACGUUUAUUCAAGUAGAUGAGCCAUAAAGUUAUCCACAGAUGUUUAACUAGACAAAUGUUCUCUCUAAGCAUGAAUAAAGUCAAUACAUCAGCACAA